UAUGGUUCAGUCACACUUUGUAACGAGUGAUCAACCCUGUAGGAAUAACACUACAGUCAGUUUUAUCUUUGUUGUAGAUAACGGAUACCGUUUAAUUACGGAAAAUAGCGCCGUUUCCGGUUCCAGGCGGCGCCAAAAUAGAAAAUGGACGCUGGUGACAGAAGCGUGUGUUUGUUUUGACAGUUCGACUCAGAGAGAAACGUCCCGGACUGUUGUGUUGUGAACUAAUGGUGGGAGAAUGACAGGACGAUCACGGCUCAUCCAUCCAUUCUGAGAGUUGCUCAACUGUCUUCAACCGACUCUCUGAGUUUCUCCCAGCUCCGGGACGCGGCAGCUGACCUCUGACCUGCAGGAUGAGUAAGUGGGGAGAGCGGCUGAAGAAGGUCGAGCAGCUCGCUCAGUCAUUCCAGCACAAACCUCUCUCCGCUCCCUACAAACCUCGACUGUGGCCGUGCCAGCCCUCGUCUGUCUGGAAGCUCUUCCCACGUCAAAGUCUGGCCAUCGGCUUGGCUCAGAGCUGCAAAGAGGCUGUUCAUGUUUUUGCACUUGAAAAAGAAAAGUCAGGUCAGGGUCAGAGGAUCUACCUGGUUACCAGUUACACUGAGCUGUGGCAUUACUACAGGACCUACCCUCAGUCCUUGAUGCACUGCUAUGAGGUGAUUCCAGAGGGCGCCGUUUGUAAGCUUUACUUUGACCUGGAGUUCCACAAGCCCUCAAACAAAGGGGCUGAUGGGAAAACUAUGGUGUCUUCUCUCAUCCAGUUUGUCUGUAACAAACUGGUGGAGGUUUACGGGCUUGAAUGCUCUGUAAAGAACGUCCUCACUCUUGAGUCCAGCACCGAGGAGAAGUUCAGUCAACAUCUCAUCUUCAAUCUGCAAAACGCAGUCUUUAAAGACAACAUACAUGUUGGUCGGUUUAUCCACGCAGCUCUUCAACCAGUCCUGAUCAAAGCCAGACAUGGAGGUUGCCUGGAUGGUGGGAUUUAUCCGGAGGCAGAAAACGGUGAAACACGAACACGUGUUGUCCCUGAGGGGAAAGCAGAAGAAAUGGAUAAGGUCGCCGAAAGUCCUCAGACCAAGAGACGGAAGCAGGAAGAGACAGACCUGAGUUUCCUGAAGGUGAAAAACAAGGACGGCCAGGACUGUCUCUUUGUUGAUCUUGGUGUCUACACCAAGAACAGAAAUUUCCGCCUUUACAAGUCAUCAAAACUGGGAAAGAACGCUGCCUUCACUGUGGCAGACAACAACCAGUUUACUGCCAAACAGAAGAAGGGGAUCUCCUCUGAGGAAAGUGUGUUCUUGGCGUCCUUGGUCUGUAACGUGAGUUUCACAGGUCAGAGGAUUCUCUCGUGGGACGUCCCAGAAACAAAGACAUCAACGACCCAGAGACCUCAGCAGGGAUCAGCCACUAAUCCAGAAUCACUUUCGGGUUCCCUGACAUCCCCUCACCAAGAAGUGGACAACUUUGUCUCGACCCUGGUUAGAAAGGACGGUAUUCAAGGAAGCAUCAGGCGAUGGAACUACUUUGUCGCAGAACAACUGCUCGUCUACGACAUUGUCAAAUACCGCUGGUGUGAAAAUGUGGGAAGGUUUCAUAAAAGCAACAACAUAAUGAUUGUUGUGGAUCUCAAAGAGGAAGCGUGGUACCAGAAGUGUCACGACCCCGACUGCAGGAACUUCAGAUCCUCAAGUUACCCUCUGCCACAGGAGAUCUGCGUGAGCUACAUCAUGACACUGGACGAUGAGGACCAGGCUUACUUAAUGGACGACGCUGGAAACAUCGAGCCCAGCCAGGCAACAAACCAGACCCAGCAGAGGACAGCGUGUCCACAGGAAGAACCAGCUGACGUGUGGGGAGACGGAACGGACGAGCAGGAUUAUUUAAAGAGCUUGGACGACUUUGAACAAACCAGUGCGGAGAUCUCUGAUCAGCUGCUGCUCAGUUGCAUGGGAGAGUUUGAUUCCCAGUAGAAGGUAACAGGUUAUAUUGCACUGGCUGUAAAGCAUCACACAUACGGUUUUAUUCGCUGUACUCCAUGUAAGGUUUCAAAAAAACAUUCUAAAUGUUUUAGCAACAUAUUUGUAAGAAAGUUUAUAAAUAUAUUUUCUAUCAACUGCAGCUCUCCCUGUAGGCACAUACAAGUGGAGCUGCUGUAUUUUAAGAUGGUGAAUGACCUUUUUGUAAUUAAACUAAAAAAUUAGGAAUUAAAUGUUUAUAUGCUGUUUUACUUAAGAUGUACAUAUUUAACGCACUUUGUCAUUUGCAAUAAACAGUU